AUGGCUCCAAUUCCCACGUACCUCAACCCGGCCGCCGUCCUGGUCCUGGUCAGCUGCGACCUGUGCCUUGUGCGCGCAAAUCGGCCCCCAUCGCCUGUCAACGUGACUGUCACACAGCUGAAGGCAAACUCAGCCACCGUCUCCUGGGAUGUGCCAGAAGGAGACGUCAUAAUUGGCUAUGCCAUUUCACAGCAGCGACAAGAUGGGCAAAUGCAACGAUUCAUCCGGGAGGUGAACACCACAAACAGGGCCUGUGUACUCUGGGAUCUGGCAGAGGAUGCAGACUACAUCAUUCAGGUCCAGAGCAUUGGCCUCCACGGAGAGAGUCAGGCUAGCAAGAGAGUCCAUUUUCGCACGUUAAAGCAAAGUGACCGACUUCCGUCCAACAGUUCAAACCAAGGAGACAUCACAAUGGAGGGCCUGGACAAAGAGCGGCAGCUGCAGACGGGGGAGAUUAUUAUCAUUGUGGUUGUGCUGCUUAUGUGGGCAGCUGUGAUCGCACUCUUCUGCAAGCAAUAUGACAUCAUUAAGGACAAUGAUUCCAACAAUAAUAAAGAGAAGACCAAGCCUUCCUCAGAACAUAGCACUCCAGAGCGGCCCACGGGGGGGCUACUACGUAGCAAGAAGAAAUCACCAUCUAUCAAUAUCAUUGAAGUAUAGCUGUUGCCACACAGGCUCGAAGCACUCCAGAAGGCUGCUGGAACAUUGCUGGGCCCUGGGUCUGGCUCUUCACCUGCAUGCAAAGAAUUAAAGCUUCUUGCCCUGAAGGAGGGAUCUGCAUGGAGCCAGCUGCCAAGACAAGGUGCAUGUAGAAGCUGGCCUCUAACUAACCUCUCGUCCUGAAGUUGUAAUAGAAACAAGUCUGGGCCGCAAGGAACAGCCAGCUGCAGAAGCCUUCAAACCAGCAGCAGGAAGCACCAUGAAGUGCUAACCUGGGAACAGACUUCAGUGAAGACUUCCUUCCUGCUGACGUGGGAAGCAGCAUUAUACUGGGCCACAUUUUCUUUCAACCCUGAAUGAGAACCUAAAGCAUGGCCUGCAGUCCUAAAACCCAGGCUCCAUGUCUCCAGCAAGUGGCAGAGAAACAAACUGCAUCUUGAAAUGAAUAACGGAUACAAGGAACCCAAAGGUUUUCAACCUAUCCAGUAGUCUGCUUUCAUCAAGGAGUGGAGAAAAAGAUGAACUCUAGAUUGUCCUUAUCACCCCAUCCCAACCAUUAGUGAGAAUUUAAUUUCAGAGCCUAUUCAGAAAAUAUCAUGUUACUCUGAAGAGCAGUAGAAGGAAGCAGCAUCAUUGUGAGCUUCUAGAGUUACCUUCUCUUUCAGAGUACUUACCACCUACUAUCAGAAUUGCCAUAAGCUAUCAGUUCUUUGUAAGGUCGUUUUGCUCCUGUAAUCUCCCUUGUGCCAACAACUCUUGUGCCAUACAAUGUGCCAAAUAUCCCCAAAUCUAUACCCCAAUUGAGAAGGCUAUUCCCUAUUCCUGUGCCUCUAUCCCUCACCAGAACCACAAAGGGAGGAGCUGAAAGAAUGUCGUCUUACAUACUAGGGGAAGAGCCACAUUUAUACAACAUUCUCAGCAGCUGGCAUUUCCUAUUUGUAACAAGGCUCUUAGUCAAAUUGGUAAUGCCAGCAGAGAAUCAGAUCUCAUUCCCAAAACCAAGCCUGAAACCAGGAAGCAGCCAUAUGAAUCACCAGUGGCACAGAAAUACCAGCAGCAUUCCUUGUCUUCCAAGAAUCCUAGCCAUUCCUCAGCUAAGAGUAUUGCGCUCUAGACAGUAGAGCAGGGCAUGAUUGCAUAGGAGACUAGAAGAGCUAUGGAACCAGCAUCCAUUUAUCCUUCACAUGUUACUGACUGUAGGGUCAGGCAAAUGUGCCAUUCAGGUAUUUUCCUAUAAAAAAUGCUGACACACAUGAAAAAUGAGGCAGAAUUGCCUUGUACGUUGGUAAGAGUGAAAAUUUUCACUGCUGGUGAAUUCUCUAGCUAGUGGUCAUAGCUGAGCUGGUAUCUGAAAUCAUAUCAACAUUUACAUUUGACUAAACUAAGCCAAUUGCAUUGCCCUAACACAGAGAACGAUCACAUACUGCUUUUUAUAGCAUUAAAGCCACAGACAUAUAUAGUUAUCCCCUCCUAUCGUCUCUUUUGGUUACAACAUACUGGAAAAAAAUCUUCUAGUGAAUUUAAAACCUAAGAAAUAAAAUCCACAUCUGUGUUUACAUAACAGAUGCCCCAAAUAACCAACAUUUCAUCCCAAUCAUUUAUACAAAGACAUAUUAGUUUGUGGUUCAGCAGGAAGAGCAAACCUGCAAAAUGAGACUGAACCACAGUUUGCUCAGUCAUGGAUAAUCAUAUCCUUAGAAUGUAUUUAAUAUUAGAGUCAAAUAACUUUUAUUUCCAAAAGGCAGGAGAAACUUUUGGCUUUGGCUAUGAGGGUCUACCUAAAACAAGUCUCAAAACUGGAAAGAAAAAAGGUACAUUCAUUAUAAUGACCAUACUUGUGUGCACACACUCUUCUCUAGGAAUUGCUUCAAACAGACCAGCUGAAAUGUAUUGUAGCAGAUGUGUGGGGGGGGGAAUUGCUUGGUCCACAACAUAUGUUUUAGUCCCAAACAGCUUGACCGAGCAUCUCCUUUUUGGCCUCAAGUAAUGAGAAUGACUUGAAAUCGAGAGUUGAUAAGGAUGUUCAUUAACAAACCCCAUUCAUUGUUUUAUUGCUUCAAAGUACCCAGUAACAUAUAGUAUAUACAAUUUCUUGAUCCCCUCCUGGAAGCAAGUGUCCAUGCUGAGACUAAAGGAUUUAUCAGAACUCUGAAAGAUCCAUAAGUUUCCUCUCCUGUAAAGACUCAAAAGACUGAUACCUAAGAGGAGCAAUUAGAGAGGAAAUGUAAAAAGACCUCACUGAAGAAGAAUCAACUCUGCUUGGAGACACUAACAAAGACCAAACAAUUUCAUUUCAUGUAGACCGAGAGAUACCAUGACACAGUCAAAGGCCAGAUGCUGCUUCUGCCCCUCCAUCAGAAUGGUGAAGAAAAUAGAGAAGUAUUUUUUCUAGGGAGAAAGCAAACUUUGUGAUAUGGAAUAUUAUGCAGGAAUUGACUCCCAGGGGACAGCCUUCCCAACACCUCCCUCUCCCUUGUUCAUCAAUCUAAGAUGAAGCAAUUGGAAGAAAAAAUGCCCAAAUACAACUGUAGAAAUAUUUAUUUACCUUUAAAAAUGACAUUAAAA